UACCAUAGCAAUCAAAUCCGUUAUAAUCUAAGUUACUUUGCAUAGACAUGUCAAAGACUUGAUUCAAUCCCUAUUUGUCUGAGGUAUAAGGUAAUGAGUGCUGUUCUCUCUUGUUGAAUUCUCUUUAAUCCUCAGAUCCUGGAUUGAAGGAAAAACAUAAACACAAGCCAGAAAAUUCCUGAGCCUUGAUUCUUGAGGAAGCAAAAACAAAAUGUCAUUCACAGGAACUCUUGAUAAAUGCAAGGCUUGUGAUAAGACUGUUUAUGUGGUUGACUUGUUAACUCUUGAAGGUAUACCUUACCACAAGAACUGCUUCAGAUGCAGUCACUGCAAGGGAUACCUCACUAUGGGCACCUACUCUUCAAUGGAUGGUAUCCUCUAUUGCAAGCCACACUUUGAACAGCUUUUCAAGGAAUCUGGCAAUUUCAGCAAAAACUUUCAGCAAGUAAAGUCUGCUGAUAAACAAAAUGAGAUGAAUAAGGCCCCCAGCAGACUCUCAUCCAUGUUCAGUGGAACUCUAGACAAAUGCUCAGUCUGUUCAAAAACUGUCUAUCCUCUGGAAAAGAUGUCACUGGAAGGGGAAUGCUAUCACAAGAAUUGCUUUAGGUGUGCUCAUGCAGGUUGCCACCUCACACAUUCCUCCUAUGCUGCACUGGAUGGUGUCCUCUACUGCAGGCACCACUUCCAACAGCUCUUCAUGGAGAAAGGGAACUACCACCAUGUGCUCCAAGCUGCUGCAAACAAGAAGAAUGUCACACCACCUCCUGAGCCAGCUGAGCCAGCUGAACCAGCAGAAGAAGAAGAGCCACCAAAGGCAGAAGAAGGAGAAGAAGAAACCAAGGAACACAACGAAGAGACUAAGGAAGCAAUGGAAACUUGAGCUGCUUCCUCCCUUUCUUUCAGGGAUCCUAAUAGAAAGGUCUUUUGUUGGAGUGUUUGCAUUUGCUCACUCUCUUUGUUUGGUUGAAUUCCACUUUCUAACAGUUUUCUUUCACAAAUUAGUUUAAGUGCAAGCUAAUUUGAGAGGUUUAUUUUAUGUAUUUAAAACAAAUAAUUGUUCAAUACAAUAUAUUCUUUGUUGGAGGUUUUUCUCCUUCACUGAUAUGA